CUUCACAGUUACACAACGGAUGCUUGUCUCCCAUUGUUGCCUCUGGAGUGAGAUCCCAGGAUCCGUGGAAUAGAAUGAGAACAGCGUACAUUCUCUUUUACACUACAGUCGACCUUUGGUCCUGGUGCCUAGGCAUUCGAGAUCGUGGAAUCUGAGACUCGGCGAUAGGAGUAGAGAAAAGCUAGGUUUAAUCCAGGGUGGAAACUACAAGUCCCAGAAUACACCACUCUACCCAACGUCUCCGGAAGGGCCUUGCGCUUCCCCGCACGCCGCGCGCCUGAUGGGAACCUCCUCCUCACCCCACCACCCUCACUCCCCGCAUCGCUGCUGAAAUGAAGUAAAGCAUCUUGGGAUCUGUAGUCUCCUGAAGAACUGCUCCCUAUGUCCUUCGCGCGCCCGAACCUCCAUUCUCCCCUCCCCACGACCCUUAGGCUCCCUCGCUUCACCGCCUUGGGACCAGGAAAUUGAAAUAUCUCGUCUGGGUUGGUGGGAAGACGGUGGCUCGGGUGGGACUGCCGCCAGGGAUGGCGGAGCGGGAGGAUGGAGCAAGUGUCUGGGCUGCUUUCCUGGGCGCUGAGCAGAGUUCUGUGGCUCUCGGGCCGCUCUGAGCGGAGAGCUGCCCGGCAGCCCCGGAUCAUGGAAGAGAAAGCGCUUGAGGUUUACGAUCUAAUUCGAACCAUCCGGGACCCAGAAAAGCCCAACACUUUAGAAGAACUGGAAGUGGUAACAGAAAGUUGUGUGGAAGUUAAGGAGAUACAUGAAGAAGAUUAUCUGGUUAUUAUCAGGUUCACACCCACAGUACCUCAUUGCUCUCUGGCCACUCUUAUUGGGCUUUGCUUACGAGUAAAACUUCAGAGAUGUUUACCUUUCAAACAUAAGUUGGAAAUCUACAUUUCUGAAGGAACCCAUUCCACAGAAGAAGAUAUAAAUAAACAAAUCAAUGACAAGGAGAGAGUAGCAGCUGCAAUGGAGAACCCCAACUUACGGGAAAUUGUGGAACAAUGCGUCAUUGAGCCUGAUUAGUAGCUCUUCUGAAAGUCACCAAAUUGUAAUCAUUUGAUAAUUUGUUUAACUCUUUGUUAAAUAGAAUGCUUUUUGGUUUAUUACUUGGACAAUUUGUACCUCCAAGCACUUUUUUAAAAGACCAUUUCCCAAACAAGACAUAAGGUGACACCUAUUAUGUUAAUGUAUGUAACAUUCUCAGGUUUUAUCACAUUUGGUGAUCAGACAGAAGAAUAUUUUUUAGUUACUGUGGAUGACACGUGUAUUUUUUAGAUGCCCAUUCUGACACCACCCUUCUUUGGCAGAUCAACUAUCCCUACAGUACACAGACAAAUCAGGCUUCAAUCACUACUCUGUAAAAAUAGAAAUAAAAUGCAGAUGAUUCUUAUAAUAAAA